AUGAGUAAUAGUACAUUGAAUGAAAUCUGUGAGAGAUUUCUUCAACAUCAAGUUCUCUGGAUCAAACCAUUAUUAAAUCGUAUUCGACAAGGUAAGAAUGAAAUACGAGAAGAAAUCAUUAUGCCAACACCAUUAUUUGAUGGACGUGAUGGAUUUCUACGUUUUAAUGCUAUAUUCAAUGAAUUGGAUGAUAUCAAUCAAAUCCGUGCACUCAUAAAUGAAUGUGCACAGAAUCAAUCGUUGAUGUACAGCAUUUAUAUGUGGUUUUUACAACGUUAUUGUCAAUUUCAUUCUCCUAAAGUACAAGCAGAUGAAAACUUAUUAAAACUUGUACGAACCGAUUGGAAACAGUCUCUUUUGACAAUAUGUGAACCGAUUGGUUAUGAACUAAUUGUUUCACUUUGCACUAAUUUCACUCCUACGUCAUACUUUCACCUUCUGCCGACCAUGUCAAAAAAUGAAUUGCAUUGUCGUCUACUCGCCUUGAAUAUUACUAUUCUUUGUCUAUCAACUCGGUCAUUACCGCAAUCGACCUACUUGGGUUCAUUAUUAUUCAAUAAUCAACGACAAAUGCCAGUUUCCUAUAUCGAUCAUAUUCAAUCUAUUUGCCUUCUAGGCUUUGUUUUCGGUGAUCCAGUAGCAACACAAAUGUUAGAUGUCAGAGCAAGAAUACAAGAACGUCUUGAUACCGGACGGAUAGUACGUCAAAAUUCAUUUAUUUAUCAAUGUUCAUAA